AUGUCUUCAAACUCCCUAUGUGUCCCAUGUGCAAGGUUUGACAGCGAGUUACCAUCUAUAAAGUUUUGCAUGGAUUGUGAAGAAACUCUUUGUAGGGACUGUGUUAAGGCACACAAAACCAUUAAAAUGUUGAUGGCUCAUCACCUGACUGACCUGGAAGCAUCUCGUGAAAUGCCUGCUGUAGUAAUGUCUUCUCGGAAGCACUGUUUAUCCCAUUCUGAUUUCAUUUUGGACUUCUAUUGUACAUAUCACGAUUUUCUCUGCUGCCAAAGCUGCAUAUCUACAGACCAUCGUGGUUGUGAUAAGGUAUUGCCUCUAAAAGAAGCCUCUAAGACUAUAAAAACGUCAGCCCUUUUUGUUGAUACAACAGAUGAUUUUAAAAAAAUACUGUUAACAACAGAAGAGGUAAUCAAGAAUAGAAAAUGUAAUAUCAAAAAGAUUGAAGACGAUGGCGCUUCCAUAGUUAAUUCUAUUUCAAAAGCUAAGGUGUCCAUAAUAAAGAAAGCUGAAGAAAUGGAGAAAUCAGCAUUGUCAAAACUAUCUCAUCUACAAGUUACAGUGGUAUCAAAUCUAAAGAGCGAGUGCGACAAGGCUGAACAAAUAGGCAAAUUGGUUCAUGAGCAAAUUCAACGAAUGGAGUUUUUGUCGAAGAAUGGAUCAAACAAUCAAAUGUUUGUUCUUCUGCAAGAACUCAAAGGUGUUCUCUCAUUUGAAAACCAAAAUAUAACGGACUUCAUUUCAAAGCUACAGGAACAAAGUCUGUCAUUUAAGGAAACACCAAUAUUUGCAUCGGAUCUAGAUAUUGGAUCAAUAGAUAUAACAUCACACCCGUGUUCUGUUAGGUACAAAGACACAAAGCUUCGUCUAUCAUUUGACAUACCAGUAACAAAAAGUCCGAGGUUUUUCAGGCUGCAUCAUGAAAUACGAGUGUUGUCCUUCUGGGAAGCACUAUUAAAUGGCAUCUCAGGAAUAGUUUGCAUCGACCAACAAAAAUUUGCAGUUUGCGCCUAUGAAUCCAAUCAGCUUUAUAUAUAUGAUUUUGAUGGUAAUCGUCUGAACAGUAUUCAACUUGAAUAUCGAUGUAAUCCAUGCGGGCUUGCAUAUAACAGCACCACUCAGACCAUAGUAGUCAACCUUACAAACUAUAAAUUACAAUUCAUAGAAAAUUUUAAAGCCUCUCCUGCAGUAGCUAUUCCACAUGGGGCAAAGUAUGGCGUGUCUUGGGUAAAUGAUAAGUUUUAUGUUGGUGGAUGUGGUAAAGCAUAUAUUUUAAAUAAAAAUAUGCAAGAAAUUCAAUCAUACAAAGUAGGGGAAGGCGAUUUCUUUUUUCUACAUUUUACAGAUGACAAGCUUUAUUUGUCUGAUUUUCACAAAUACAAUGUAUAUUGCAUGAAAGAAGAUGGAACCAUUAUAUUCAACUUCACCUCUAGGAAUUUACAGGGACCAGAUGGGAUCACAAAUGAUAAAAAGGGAUAUAUCUAUGUAGUAGGAAGAUAUUCAAACAACAUUCACCGAUUAUCAUCCGAUGGGACAUCUAGUGAAGUGGUAUUAAAGAAAGAAGACGGCCUGAAUCAACCUAUUGCGAUAUGUUUUAGCAAUGAUUAUAAGAAAUUGUUGGUGUCAAAUAACAAGGGACGGACAAUAUCAGUAUUUGAUUGUGUAUACUGA